CGUCGACGCAAUCGAGCCAAUCCUCCUAGCACUCCCACCUACAACAAACCGAGAGGAAGUGUUGCUACCAUGUUGUUCUCUGCCGCCCUCCGACCAGCGGCCCGUCGCACCGUCGCUUCCCGUGCCGUACAGCGUCGCUUCGCUUCCCAGGGCCACCCCGCUAACUCCUCCGUCUUUGCCCGCGACAACUUCGCAAAGUACGUGCCGGACGUCAAAAUCUCCCCCGAGACCACCCUCGGAGAGCUGUGGGAGAAGUGUUACGUCAAGUACCGCUACAGGCUCCUGUACCCCAUUGCCGCUUGGGUUGGAUUCCUCUACUACCAAUUCUGGGUACCGUAAGUAUCUUUUUCGGGACUUUCCGGGUGCAGGCAGAACGGUCGCAAUUGGGGGAAGUGGGAUAUACCAAAGGGUCGAACGAAAUGCGCUGGAGGAGGGGGACACCGAAAUCAAAUGGACUUUACUGUGUCAACCCAGAAUGGCCUAUAGGACGAUCGGCUGAGUGAUGGGUGCGGACCUUGUUUGAAAUCUUGAUGCCCUGACCGCCGCUUUCGCAAAUCUCUUCCCGGCCUCUAGUUACACUCCCGCCUCUGAGAAGAAGAAGCUGAAGGCCAGGGAAGACUACCUCGCCGGUCUCGAAUACCACGCCGUUUAAACGACCACCCGCAUCAACAUGAAUAUGAACUGAUGGUCACGUCUUCCGUGAAGGUGG